GCCGAGCAUCUGAUGACCAUGGCGUAUGAGAGUGGGGUCAACCUGUUUGACACAGCGGAGGUGUACGCUGCUGGAAAAGCUGAAGUCAUAUUGGGUAACAUCAUCAAGAAGAAGUGCUGGAGACGAUCAAGUCUGGUCAUCACUACCAAGCUGUACUGGGGAGGAAAAGCAGAGACUGAGAGAGGCCUUUCAAGGAAACACAUUAUUGAAGGUCUGAAGGGCUCUCUCCAGAGGUUGCAGCUGGAAUACGUAGACGUGGUCUUUGCAAACCGCCCCGACACCAACACACCCAUGGAGGAGAUUGUGAGAGCCAUGACUUAUGUGAUCAACCAGGGGAUGUCCAUGUACUGGGGGACUUCUCGAUGGACAGCCAUGGAGAUCAUGGAGGCGUACUCUGUGGCCAGACAGUUUAACCUGAUCCCUCCGGUGUGUGAGCAGGCUGAGUACCAUCUCUUCCAGAGGGAGAAGGUGGAGGUCCAGCUUCCAGAACUCUACCACAAGAUAGGUGUUGGGGCGAUGACGUGGUCUCCGCUGGCCUGUGGCAUCAUCACGGGGAAGUACCAGAACGGCAUCCCAGAAACCUCCAGGGCAUCCAUGAAGUCGUACCAGUGGUUAAAGGAGAAGAUAGUGAGUGAGGAUGGGAGGAAACAGCAGGCUAAGCUGAAGGAGCUGGGACACAUCGCUGAGAAGCUGGGCUGUACUCUCCCACAACUGGCCGUGGCCUGGUGUUUGAGGAACGAAGGGGUGAGCUCAGUCCUCCUGGGAUCCUCCAGUCCAGAGCAGCUAACAGAGAACCUGGGUUCCAUACAGUUCCUUCCAAAAAUGACGUCUCAUGUGGUGUCGGACAUCGAUCGCAUACUGGGGAACAAGCCGUACAUUAAGAAAGAGUAUCGCUCCUAGACACCCAGGAGGAAGCAGAACCACUACUGUACAACCACUGUGGAUCCAGUUCCACCAACCACCUGGGCUCAGCCUCCAUGGGGUUUCAGCUCAGUCUAAUCCAGCCCAGUUGCGGCCUGCUCAGCUCAGCCCCAGCCUUCUUAGCCCAGUGUAACCAAGCUCAGUUCAGCCUAACCCUGCUAACCCUCUGCCUAGACCAGCUUUCAGCUCAGCUUACUCUAUCAGUAGAUUCUCUGACUCCUGAGUGUAUUAACCAUGUAGAUGCAUGCUUCCCCUCUCUGGUGUGCCUGGACUUUCUCUUCAUAAGCACAAACUCCUCUCUCCAGCCAGUCUACUGUAUUUGACACUUGUUUGACCUUGCAACGUAGAGCACCCUGGGACAUUGAGUUUCAGUGACAGGGGUUUGUUCUGUCUGCGAGGGGUAGACUGUGCAUGUUGUCGUCCCCCUCUGGUCGUAUGAGGAACUGCUAUGGAAUAUCUUUAAUAGAUUCUCAGCGAGAGAGAUAUGGAAAAUCUCAAUUGCACACUCCUUGCAUGCUGUCUCCUCGCCUCCUUCUCAAAACCCAUUGGUGGAGAAGAUCAGAAGGGAGGGACCUCUGGGUUUCUCAUCCAAUAGGUUUUGAGGAGGCGGCAAAGAGUAUGCAAUUGAGAUUUUCCCCUUGACUUCCUCUCUCCUCACCUCUUUCUCAAAAUCGAUUGGAGGGGAAGGUCUUAGGGGAGCAAACUGACUUUCUCAUCCAAUUGGUUUUGAGAAGGAGGCGAGGAGAGGAUGCGAGGAGUCAAGAAAAGGCAACUGAGACUCCCAGUGACACCUGAGUGGGCAGGUGGUCUCCUGUGCUGUACUGUGUACUGUCUGUUUGCAGCCAUAGAGGAUACUCCUGCCUCUGAAAUGAACCUGCAUCGUUGAUUGCUGAUGUGAAUCAGGGAUAGCACAAGCAACUCUGUGACACCACCUCCCACCAGACCAAUGUUACCUGCUAGUUUCAGUGAUAAUGCGAAAGUUAGGUGAAGUAUUUAGAGAAAUUAUAAAAGGUAUAUAUUUAUUCUAUAAUAGUAUGUGAAAAUACAUUUCUUCUGCGUGUUUAAAUGUUUUGUCUUUCAAGGGUGUAUCUAUUAAACAUUAUGUGGAAAACCUUGUAACAUAAACAGACCUCAAGCCCCCUUUUUUGCAGAUUAAAAUAAAG